ACUUCCCCUAAAAAAUUCUCCAAAAUGGAGCCGUCUCUGCCCCUUGCAACAUAUACACAAAAAAGCUCAAAGCUGAAAAACAAGGUUUUCAUUAUUUUCAUUUCUAUGGUGUUAUGCACAGCCAUACUAGGCCUGCUGCAGCUCAAGUUCUUAAAACCCAGAUACAAAGACUUUUAUUCCUUUGAAGUGAAGGAUUGGAAAGGAAGAACCAUGUCCUUGGAGAGAUAUCGAGGCAAAGCAGCUCUGGUUGUAAACGUGGCUAGUUACUGUCAGCACACAGGAAAAAAUUACAACAUGCUCCAGGAACUCCAGCGAGAGUUUGGACCAUACCAUUUCACUGUGCUGGCCUUUCCUUGCAAUCAGUUUGGGGAAUUGGAGCCAGGUCUGAAUGAUGAGAUAAUAUAUUUUGCUAAAUCAAAUUAUGGAGUAACGUUAUGCUUCUAAAAAGGAACCUAGGUGGAAUUUCUGGAAAUAUCUCAUCAGCCCUGAAGGUAAAGUUGUGAAAUAUUUGAGGCCUGAAGAACCCAUAGAAAACAUCAAGCAGGAUAUAGCCGCUCUGAUUAGGGAGAUCAUUUUAAAAAAGAGGGAAGACCUUUGAGGAUGUUACUCUGCCUUGUGGAUUCGUUGGGCAACUUCAUCAUCCGGCCUUAGUACAUUCUUGUUCAAAUAUGGCAAAUUCUGAACUUAUCAAUGAUCUUUCUUGACAUUUAAUGCCAUGAUAAACUGAUAAACAGAACAUUCUUCUGUUUAGAACCACUAAAGAUGCUGAGAGCAAAGGAAGCCAAGACUUUAAUAGUGCUCUAAGCACUUUAUCCAAUUGAGCCUUGGACCCUUCAAACAUGUUUAUUGUAAUAUCUGGUUAGGAAAUUUGAUUAUGAACAAUGUAAGAGACUUUUUUUGUGGGGAAAAGGUUCCCAAUAAAUAUUGCUUUCCUAAAA